AUGACAGUAUCUAGUGAAUCAGUAAGCUAUGUUAAUCCUGAAUUAACUGAAAUUGAAAAUGCUAAACCCGGAAGACACGUUAACUUACCAUUUGGUUAUGGACCUAUACCUGAAAAUCUUGCUAAUAAAAAGAUAUUUUUCUUUGAUAUAGAUAAUUGUUUAUAUCCACCAUCUAUGAAAAUCAAUGAUAUGAUGCAAGUUAAAAUUCAUGAUUAUUUUAAACAAAAUUUACAAUUAAAUGAUGAAGAAGCACAUAAUUUACAUAUGAAUUACUAUAAAACUUAUGGUUUAGCUAUUGAAGGACUUGUUAGAAAUCAUCAAGUUGAUGCGUUAGAUUAUAAUUCUAAAGUUGAUGAUGCUUUAGAUUUACAUGCUGUUUUAAGAUAUGAUAAAUCUUUAAGAGAUAUUUUAAUUACUAUUAAAGAAAGUCAUAAAUUUGAUUUAUUUUGGUUAAUAACAAAUGCUUAUAAAAAUCAUGCAUUAAGAGUUGUGUCAUUCUUAGGUAUUGGUGAUUUAUUUGAUGGUUUGACAUUUUGUGAUUAUUCAAAAUAUCCAAUUGUUUGUAAACCAAUGAAGGAAUAUUUUUAUAAUUGUUUUAAUUUAACAAGAAUUGAUUAUCAUGAUGAAAAUGUUAUGAAAAAUCAAUAUUUCAUAGAUGAUAGUGAAUUAAAUGUUAAAGCUGCUCAUAAUUUAGGUAUGGGUCAUGUUUAUCAAUAUGUUGAAUCUUCAAAAGAUGUUGAAAAACUUAAACUAAAACCAGAUUUCAAAGAGUACUAUAAUAUUCCUGAUGGUGAACAUGAUUCUUCAAAGAUUACUAUCGUUACAAAAUUUUCCGAUUUACCAAAGAUAUUAGGCUGUUCAUAG